AUGCUGGAUUCUCUUCUGUUCCGCAGUCACCGAUCUGUGCGAAUCGGGGAGGUCAAUCGCUUCAUUGUCAAGUACUGUCCGGAAGGCAAGGAGCGGCCGCCCGCGCUCUUCGCCAAAAUCAAGAAUGUCGAGAUGCUUCCCUUGCGUGCCGCCUACCUGACAGGUCCCUAUAUUUUGUAUUGCGACAUUAGACCGCAAGAAUAUUCCCACCAUCGCCAGUGUUUCAUCACGGCAGACCAGCCAGUUUAUGACCCUAACUUGUCUGCCGGACAGAGCAUGACCGCCGAAUUGUCGCUGCAUACCAUAAAGGACGAAUACGUGUGGAUUAUAGAUGUGAUCAGCCAGAUGAUUUUCAGCGCGAGCUCAGAGGUCCAUUUUGAGCUCAUGAUCGGCCUGGACCGUGACCGGCUACACAGACACAACUUCGGAGACACGUUUGGCAAGUUUUCGCCGCAGCUCGAGGUAGAGCAGAUCACUACCGAGCAGCUGUGGAAUAAAAACACAUCGCAACAAAAUGUGCACCUGGUGGUUCUCACACAUGGGCUUCACUCGAACGUCUCAGCAGACAUGUUCUACCUAAAGGAGCAGAUUGAGAAAGAGGCCGAGAAAACCGGAGAAAACGUCAUAAUCAGAGGCUACACCCGCAACGUGUGCAAGACAGAACGAGGUGUCAAGUAUCUCGGAAGACGGCUGGCCGAGUACUUAGUGCAUGAGGUUGCGCCAACGGCCGACAUCACCAAGAUUUCAUUUAUUGGACACUCGUUGGGAGGCCUUGUCCAGACAUUUGCGAUAGCUUAUAUCGACCACAAUUAUCCGGAGUUUUUCCAGAAGAUACAGCCCGAGAAUUUCAUUGCGCUCGCGUCGCCGCUGCUUGGCAUCUCCAACGAGAAUCCAGCAUAUGUGAAAAUGGCGUUGAGUUUUGGGAUCGUGGGGAAAACAGGCCAGGACCUAGGCUUGCAAGGCCUAAACCCUCUUUUAAUGCUACUUCCUUCCGAAUCUACACGGAGAAUUCUGCGUCGCUUCAGGCGUCGUACACUUUACGCAAACGCAAUACAUGAUGGAAUUGUACCGCUGCGAACCUCCGCUUUGCUGUAUCUGGACUGGAAGGCGCUAUCUAAGGUGUACGAGACGCAGUCAGGGUCAACGAAACACUAUACCGCAGGCAACUCAGAAGUUGGAGAAAUCCCGGAAAAUGUUGAGCAGCAGGAUUCGGAUAUGGUGAGUUCUGUGAAAUCCAAGCUGCUGUCGCCGAUUCAGACGCUGAUUUCGCUUUGUGCACCCAGUUCGCAACAUCAACACAGAGCCAAACGGUACCAGCGGUACCAAACUAGCGAUUCUUCGGUGCCAAACGAUUCGGUCCACGAUGAUUUGGAGCAGUUUUAUCCGUUCCCCAAAUCCUCAGUGAUUGAGAGCAUCAAGAAAGUGUUACUUCCGCCUCUGCCCCCGCUCAAGUACCUCACAGACCCGAACUCGCGUCCAAACGUUAUAUUACAUGACAAGGUGUACACACCAGACGUGAUUCCCCGUACACCACUGCGGACUACAAGGUUGUUGCAGACUCUCGAUCCUUUGAAGCGUCAGCGAGUGAUGGAAGAGAAGAUCGCCAGAAGAUGGCACAACGGCAUGACUUGGCGUAAAGUGCUGGUCAAUUUGGAACCAGAUGCUCAUAACAAUAUUGUGGUCCGAAGACGUUUUGCGAACGCAUACGGUUGGCAGGUUAUAGACCAUCUGGUGGAAAACCAUUUUUCCUCGCCUUGCGUCGCUGGCGAGGAUCAUUACAAGUACAAAUGGGACCCUAAUCUUCAAGUGGACGACGAUAGAGAGGGUGAGGACGAAAAGCUAGAUAACAUACUGAGUAAACAGCACGAUCGGGCAGCCAAGGAAUACUCGAAGCCUACUUUGAACACGAAAAAUGUUUCCGGGAUUAUUUCGAGUGAGCGAACCAAAAUGUUGCAGGACGACAGUACCACCGAUCUGCUAGAGUCACGGGACUGGAUCAACGACGCAGAUUCUGUCAUAUACGAUGGACCCACGGGAAUGAUCAAUACAGUGAGCGAAAGUGUAAACGGCAAGAUGGAGUCUUUCAAAACCUAUUUCCAUGGUGAGAACACUGUGGAGGCAGACCAGAUUGUCAAUGUUUCUGGUCCUUAUUUAUGA